AAAAAAAACCCAAUAGAAAUACAUCCUUGGGUGAGGAUUUAAAAAAUAAAAUAAAAUCUAACAAAACAUGACUCUUUCACAUGCCCUAUUGUUGUUCUUCCUCCAUGUCACUGUACUUCCUGAUCCUCAAUCACCACCCUUAGAAAUAAAAUUUAAUAAGAGCGGCUUUCAGAUUCAUUUGAACACUUCUUGUAUCUGAAUUUUAUGUUUCUGAACAAAAUAUGGGAAAGUAAUUGUGUAACUAAAUUGCUUGUGGACUUUAGAUUCUUCUUUGAUACUGAAAAGUAAUAAAGUGACUAAAAUUAAUCUCUAGCACCUCAAUUUCCUCAUAAACUGACAUGUGACAAUAAAAAAGUACAGGGAAUGUAAAUUUAUAUUUGAAAUAACAGACAUCACUGUGGGAUGACAGGUGGGAUCAAGGGUAUAUAUGACCACAAACAUAGCUUAAGCUCCAAAACUAAAUUUCUGGGAGUUAAUGCCCCUAAAGUCUGAGAAAAACUGACAAUUCAAGCUAUUAAAAAACAAAAACCACAAUGCUCAAUACUCUGCAGAAAAAAGAGAAGUAAGGUGCCCAGGAGACUUAACAUACAAAGAACUAUUUGAAUAUCUAGUGCUUACUAAAAAAUCUACUUGAGAGCCAGUCACUACCCCAUCCUGAAAGACCAGGACAAGUAAGUAUGAUUAGAAAAAGCUAACCCCCCACUCAGAAGACCCUACAGAAGUGUGCCGUGUCUACCACGUCAUUUUGUUGAAUGCUGUCAUACAGGUAAUUUUAGAGGGGAAAAUAAAAAAUAAAUGCUCACAUUAAAAAGUGAUUGAAAGUAAAGUCUUGCUUCCUUCAAGAACAUUAGAAGCCACAUAAAAAAAAAAAAUAGGUGAGCUGUAUCCCCCCGUGUCAGUAAAGUAACCCAGGGCAGCUGAUUUAUAGAACCCCCAGAAGAUUGAGGAGGGGGGCUGAGUUACAGAUAAAAGGAAAUGGCCCAUGAGUCUAACCAGGUAUUAGUAAAAGCAAGGCAACUUGAGGAAAAAAACUUCCGGGGAAGGAGUGCACUGAAGGGGUUAAAUUAGAUCCAGUUACACAUAAAAGCUUACUCUUAUGCCCUAUAAAACCAUGUAAAAAAAACCACCAAAAUCAACAUCCAACACUGAAAACAUUUAGAAAGCCUGUGCUUAAGCAUAAAGUUAAAAAAAGGAAAAAGGAAAUAAGAUAAAAAAUAAAACUAUAACCACCCAUUUCAUAAUCACCCCAUUUUCACAUUACUCACUCAUCACUAUACUGGACUGAACACCUAGCACACAGAAGCAGAAGCCCUGAGCUUCCCCUACCUUAGGUUUUCAGUCCAAAUUAAUGCAAACAGUCACGUGGGACUGAGCCAGGCAGUGACGCUGAAUUCUGCUCUGUCAGAGAGAACAUCUGUCAAGCCCACAUCGAAACUGCCGCUGCCUGGCCAGCAGCUGAGGAAGCGUGCAUUUCAUAUCACAGGCUGAACCCCAGCAAAACGCCUCAUAAUCCUCCCUGCAGCUGCCAGGCAACCGCGAGGGAGCCUCAGCCUGUCCUCCCGGCACGAGGGAAGCGCGCUGCUCUGCUGAGGCAGCUUCCCACUGCAGCUCCGUGUCGCCACUGGAAACAUGGAUACUGAGCAGGGAAGACAGCUCUGCAUUGUCCGGCCCAGCAGACAGCAGCUGUAGAGCUUCGACGCAUCAGCGCCGGGAAAGUCAGCCUGCCCCCAACAGAGCAGACGACUACAGCCCUUUUGUUCAAAAACCGAGAAAAUGAAAGAAAGGGAAAGCCUCAGAAGACAAGCAUCCACAUGAAGGAGGAGGGUGCCUGGAAGGCAGGAGACAGGUAGGACCUUGGAUUCCGAGAAAAGCAGUUGCAAGAGGCAGACCACUGGGGGAUGUGCGCAUGGUCGAUGGCACCUUUUUGCUGAAGGGAUGGAGUCAAAAGUGUGUUCAGUCGGCAUAACCCUCCACAUAGAAACGGCCUGACGAGGAAGAAUGACUGCAAGAGGGACAGCGUGACCGGACUGGAAAAUGAUGACCAAAAAAGAGGACUGACUCAGUGGAGGCAAACAGUGCGCUCGGCCCCAGGGUCUCCUCCCCACCUCGGUUGUUUCCAACAUGCUGCAGUGGAGGAGGCGGCACUGCUGCUGGGCCAAGCGGUCUCUGCUCAGGACCCCCCUCAUUGGUGCGCUUUCCCUGCUGUUUCUUUUUGCCAUGUUGCUGUUCUUCAAUCACCAUGACUGGCUACCAGGCAGAGCUGGAUUCAAAGAGAACCCUAUGACCUACACUUUCAGAGGAUUUCGUUCUGCAAAAAGUGAGACAAACCACAGCUCUCUUCGCAACAUUUGGAAAGAAACCAUCCCUCAAACUCUGAGGCCUCAAACUGCAACCAACUCCAAUAACACAGACCUGUCACCACAAGGAGUGACCGGGUUGGAGAACACACUCAGUGCCAAUGGGAGUCUUUACGAUGAAAAAGGUACUAGGCACCCAAAUUCUUACCACUUCAAGUACCUUAUCAAUGAACCUGAUAAGUGCCAGAAGAAAAGCCCAUUUUUAAUCCUACUAAUAGCUGCAGAACCUGAACAGAUAGAUGCUAGAAGAGCUAUUCGGCAAACGUGGGGCAACGAGAGUUUAGCCCCUGGUAUCCAAAUCACACGGAUUUUUUUGUUGGGCAUAAGUAUUAAGUUUGAUAACUACUUUCAACAUGAAAUACUAAAAGAAAGCAGAAAAUAUCAUGAUAUAGUUCAACAGGAAUAUUUAGAUACCUACUAUAACUUGACCAUUAAAACGCUAAUGGGCAUGAACUGGGUAGCAACCUACUGUCCACAUAUUCCGUAUGUUAUGAAAACUGAUAGUGACAUGUUUGUGAACACUGAGUAUUUAAUACACAAGUUACUGAAGCCAGACCUGCCUCCCAGACAUAACUACUUUACUGGUUACCUAAUGAGAGGCUACGCGCCCAAUCGAAACAAAGACAGCAAAUGGUACAUGCCACCGGACCUCUACCCCAGCGAGCGCUAUCCUGUUUUCUGCUCUGGGACUGGCUACGUUUUCUCGGGAGAUCUGGCUGAGAAGAUAUUUAAAGUCUCUUUAAGUAUUCGUCGCUUGCACUUGGAGGAUGUCUAUGUAGGGAUCUGUCUUGCCAAGCUGAGGAUUGAUCCCGUGCCCCCUCCCAAUGAGUUUGUGUUCAAUCACUGGCGAGUUUCUUAUUCGAGCUGUAAAUACAGCCACCUAAUUACCUCUCAUCAGUUCCUGCCCGGUGAACUGAUAAAAUACUGGAACCACUUACAACAAAAUAAGCACAAUGCUUGUGGCAACAUAGCAAAGGACAAAGCAGGCAGGUAUCGCCACCGCAGAGUACACUAGAAAAGACGAAUUGUUUUUCACACGUGCAAUCUGUAAAAUACUGCUCAAAGCAUGUAGAGUUAAAACUGAUUAUUACCAUAGGACAAGUUUCAGUCAACACUCAUCACAUGAAAGAAUUCCAAAAAUAUUUUUUAAUUUCUGAAGAGGGUAAUUCUUAAAAAUACAUUAUAUAACCAAAAGAUAUCCCGAGGGGAUCUAUACAGAUCCGUAGGGGAUUCUGUGUAUUAACAUGCAAUAACAAGCAUGCAUAUGUCAGUGGUUUGAGUCUCAAGUCGGGGCCAAUAAGAUGCAUUUACCUACGUUUUCCACAAAAAUUUUAAUUUAAGAAAUGCAGACAGUCAAAAGACCCUUCAUUUUAGAUUCAGUUUUACAUCUCGAUAUAUAAUUGAAUGUAAAUAAAACAUCUGUCAAUUUUAAGGAAUCUGCAACUGUGCAAAGGACAGAUCUUCCGACCUGGCUGCUCUGGGCUGUAAGGACUAUACUCCAUGCAGUAAGAUUCAGUCGAGUUACUCCAGAAACACAUUUAUAAAGUUCAGAUGUUUCAUCAAUGCAGUUCUCAUCUAAGUACUUAUUUUCAAAAACACAACUGAGAUACUUCUUUUACUAAGGCUCAUAUAUAUUGGGGGAAAUUAUUUUGACAUGAUGUGAUAAAAUGUGAAAAAUCAAUGUGUCUCAGGCUCAAGUUUUUAUAAAAACAAAAAGUUAACUGUUUUGAAAUAGAUUUGUUUCUUGUUGGCGUGAGGGCCAUGCUGGCAUCUGAAUGAGCUGUUCCCCCGGCUCGGUUCCUGCACUCUCGAGCAGCACUUCACCUCACUUCGAGCACAUCUAUAAAAACGUAUCACGUGCCUGUCACUGAGGCAAAAGUGAUCACUUCAGGCACAACGAGAACGCACUGCUGGAAACAGAUAAAAGGUAGAGAGUGCAGCAGCAGCUCCAGUCAAUCCAUUUCUAAGAUGCACGUCUGCCAAACUGCAACAUAUGGAGGCUUAUUUCCCGACAGCAGGUGUAUACACGCCAACACUUAAUCACUCCACGGCACCCACUUCUCUCUGAGCGCCAAGUUUACAAGCCUGCAGUUUUUAAUUCGGUAGGUGACAAAUAUUCUGCAUCACCAGUUAAAAACCUUUGGGGGAAACAGCGGAAGCUACAAAUGUUUGAUGAACACUUGAUUCAAGGGUGAACAAUGUAUACGAUGCACUUUUAUCCAGUUUUUAAUAAAAAAGAUCAACAAAAAAUCUUUACUGAGUUGUUAUGGUACAAAUACUUCCACAGCAAUUUUGUUUGGUUCCACUAUAAAUUUUAAAAUCAGGAAGUACUAAACCUACUAACUCUAAAAUGGUAUUUUUAUUUCAUGCAAGUAUGUUAAUCUAUUAUUCUUAAUUUUGUCAGGAUGUUACUUAUCCUAAUUCUAGUAACGAUCAUUUUUAUCUUUGAUUCUGAAGAUACUGCAUCAAAACAAAUUGUAAAAUUUGGUAAAGUUCAAAAUCUCAGAAACUGUA